AUGGCGAGCAACUUUGAGCUGGACCAUGCGUAUCUGCGCCAGACUGUGGGCGCUCCAUUGACGGAGGCGAUGGCUCAACUAGCGAUUUUGCAACCAGAAGAUCCUGUCGAGUUCCUGGGCAACUACCUGCUCAAGCACGUUGCCAAUGUGGAGACGCAACAGAAGCUUCAAAAACAGAAGCAACGACCUGGACUCGUCACUCCGCGUGAUAAUACUCAACAAGACCCGGUUGACACGGAACAACAGCAGCACCAACUGGAGUGGGAAAAGGUGCUUGAGGAGGAGAAGCAAGUGCACGAUCAGCUGCACAACGAACCGAGCAUGGUGCUGGUGUUCCAGCGAUUCCUAGAGUGGAUCUGCUCAAUGCUCAACGCUGAAGAAGCCUACAUUGGUCGAAAGUGUGUAGACCCCCAAGGGAACUGCGUCAUCCACUUCAUAGCAAGCUCCAAGCAUCCACAGUCUACUGUAGUCGACAACUUCGUGGCUCAGCCUACAGACGAAGGAGAUGAAGAAGGAGUUCGCCGUGGAAUCGGUGUCACGUUUGAUGUGUUCAAAGAGAUUGUACCAACCGAUGAAGACGGCAAUCCGGCAGUUGAUACUGAAGGGAACGCGCUACCAGCAUCUCCGCCAAAGUUCGUUCAUAUUGAGAAUGUACUACGCGAGCCGCGGGUCAAAUUCUUCGGUGUGCCAAAGCUAGGUGCACUCCUUGCGCGUGCUGGGCAGUACAAAAGCUAUUUACAUGCCGAUGUGCGUAACGAGAGUAACCCAGAAGAACCUAAUGUGCUCGAGCAGUGGCUUGUCUUUUCCGCUGACACGAUUGGUCAAGCUCGACCCUUUACCAAGAAAGAGAUUGACCGCUUCCGUCAUGCCACUGAGCUCUUCCUAACUACACUCGAGGAGACUGAACGCGCACUUUACAUAAAAGACAACGAGAGAUGUCUAUCCAACGAUGAACCCCUACUACGAGAGUUCCUAGUGGCUUUUGCUGCACAAGUGGCAGUUCAAGAAGAAAAUCUAGCAGCGCAAUUACCGGGACCACCAGAAGGUGAAGAACUGAGUGAAGCAGCUCAGCAACAACGCGCUGCAAAAGACGCAGAGCUUCGUCUUUCCUUCCUGAUGACGCUGCUAGUGUCACACAUUCCAACGUUAUCGCUCGCGUCUGCUCGAGUUGUGCCUUUCAAGGGAUUCGUGCUGACAACGUUCGCAGCAGCACUGGAACUUCUUGGCUAUACACGUCGCGAACUGUACAAUCCCGCUACGGGUCAGCCAAGUUGGGACAAGAUUUCGCCAUUGCUUGGUGAGGCGAUGCUAACGGAAUCCUUAAACACCUUUGAGUCGUCUUUGGAGACUAUGAGAUCUUUGGCUGAAGCAGACAGCACUAGUGCUAACGGACUCCGUGCUGUCAGAAAAGCUCUGCCAGCAACGCCAACUGCAGUUGCCCAAGCGAAGCAAAACCUUGCCGAGAUUGCUAAGGCAGAUGUUGACACUGCGAGUCCUGUAGCCUCGUGCUUCUACAUGUGGAGCCUUGCUGUUGUUGCACGUGCUGAGAGCAUCACCGCUAUGGCUGAGCAGGCACAACAGCUCGAGGAUGAAACCGUGGCAGCGGCAGCAGGAGACGAUGCGUAG